CACACUUUCUGGUUCUGCCGUCUGAGAUUCAUCAUGAAGACUCUUGUGUUUCUCCUCUUGCCUCUUUUCACUCUCAGUGAAGUUUUAAAUGACUUUACCAAAUGCGACCAGUACUUCUUGGACAACACUCCUCCUGCGUUCAAAGCACCGACGGGUGUCUCAGUCCAACACAUCUGCCAGUGUCUGUGGGAUGAAGAUGAUGUGCAAAAGUUUCUUUACGCCACUUUGUACAGCACAACCUGGAAGAUCCCCAUCUACUCUGCGUAUGUGUUUGGCAAAGAAUCAACUGGGAGAUGUGAUGUUUGGUACGUCGAACCACAGCUGGAUGGAGAGACAGAGCCAUGCAUGCAGCCUAAGGGCUAUAAUAAAAACAUUGGUCCUAAUCAGGCUGUGAAUAGGGAUUAUGUUGCUUCUCAAAAGGACAAAGGUCAUGUUUAUCCAGUGAUGCACACCUACAAUCAUCUGGCCAUGCUGGCCACCUCCACCCUGACCAACGCCGCUCCGCAGGACCCCAAAUUUAAUAAGGGCCAGUGGAAGGAACAUGAGGAAGCUGUGAUUAAAGACCUGCAAUCCUGUAAAGAGGCGUAUGUGGUGGCUGGUGUCGCUCCUGACACAAAUGCACCAAAAGUUAAUAAUAAAAUCACAGUGUCCGAGUUUUUCUGGAGAGCCACCUGCUGUCUAGACAACACUGAUGUCUACAUAGGGAAGGCCUACUUUGGACCGAACAACAACCAGCAAGUGGAGCAAAAGACUGUUCAAGACCUUGAGACCCUGCUCAAAAGCUAUUAUGAAAUAAAAAUAUUUCCAAGCGUACCAAGGACGUCCAAAACUACCAGGAGUGCAAAUCCAUGUAACUGAUCAUCUGCAUGCGCAUAAUAAAUCUGCACAGCAGUGAUCUGCAAGCUUCUGUCUAAUCAUAAGAUGAUCAUAUCCAUCUCCUGUCCUGUUUCUUGACACUCUUGAGAGACAUCAUGGAAACGUGAUUUGCUUUUGUUUAGAAAUACAGCCGAUACACAGUUGAAAUCAGAAUUAUUAGCCCUCCUCCAUAUUUACCGCCCAACUCAUUUCUAAUCAUACUAGUGUUAAUAACUCAUCUGUAAUAACUGAUUUCUCCUUAUCAUGAUGACAGCACAUAAUAUUAGACUAGAUAUUCUUCAAGACACUAGUAUUCAGCUUAAAGUGACAUUUAAAGGCUUCACUAGGGUAAUUAGGGUAAAGUUAGGGUAAUUAGGCAAGUCAUUGUAUAACAGUGGUUUAUUCUGGAGACAAUCCAAAACUAAUAUUGCUUAAAGGGGCUAAUAAUAUUCACCUUAAAACAACUAAGAACUGCUUUUAUUCUAGCCGAAAUAAAACAAGUAAGACUUUCUCCAGAAGAAAACAAUAUUAUAGGAAAUACCAUGAGAAAUUCCUGAAUCUGUUCAACAUCAUUUGGGGAAUAUUUGAAGAUGAACAGAAGACAAAACUCACAGGAGGGCGAAUAAUUCAACUGAGACUUUACCUGGAUGUAUUUCUAAUAUAUCAGUCUUCAAAUAUGCUUAGUUUAUAAUCAGUAAGCACAGAUGUAGAAUAUAUAUCUGCAGUCAUACAUCUGUGUUGUGUGAAAUUCAA